CUCUCCACGCGCCAGCGGGACACGGCGGGCGACGCGUCUGAGUCGGCGCUGCUCAAGUGCAUCCAGCUGUCCUGCGGCUCCGUCAAGAAGAUGCGGGACAAGAACCCCAAAGUCACUGAGAUCCCCUUCAACUCCACCAACAAGUACCAGCUCUCGAUCCACGAGCGGGAGGAGGACCCCCAGGGGUACCUGCUGGUGAUGAAGGGCGCCCCCGAGCGCAUCCUGGACCGCUGCUCCCGCAUCCUGCUGCAGGGCCAGGAGGUGCCGCUGGACGAGGAGAUGAAGGAGGCCUUCCAGAACGCCUACCUGGAGCUGGGGGGGGGGGGUAUGGGGACACCGGGACGUGGGGACAUGGGGAUAUGGGGGACAGAAGACAUCGGGGACACAGGGACACGGGGACACAGGUACCUGGGACAUGGGGACAUGGAAAGGGGACGUGGCAGGAGAGGAUGCACUGGGGACGUGGAGGGAAGGGCCACGGGGACACAGGGGACAUGGGGGGGACAACGACAGGGGGUGCACAAGGGAGUGGGAGGGGGCCACCCUGUCACCCCCUGCCACCCGCCAGGUUUCUGCCACCUCUACCUGCCCCCGGAGAAGUUCCCCCGCGGCUUCCGCUUCGACGCCGAUGAGAUCAAUUUCCCCACCACCAACCUCUGCUUCGUGGGGCUCAUGUCCAUGAUCGACCCCCCCCGCGCCGCCGUCCCCGACGCCGUCGGCAAGUGCCGCAGCGCUGGCAUCAAGGUGAUCAUGGUGACCGGCGACCACCCCAUCACGGCCAAGGCCAUUGCUAAGGGGGUCGGGAUCAUCUCGGAGGGCAACGAGACGGUGGAGGACAUCGCCGCGCGCCUCAACAUCCCCGUCAGCCAGGUCAACCCCCGGGAGGCCAAGGCGUGCGUGGUGCACGGCUCCGACCUGAAGGACAUGACGGCCGAGCAGCUCGACGAGAUCCUCAAGAACCACACCGAGAUCGUCUUCGCCCGCACGUCGCCCCAGCAGAAGCUGAUCAUCGUGGAGGGCUGCCAGCGCCAGGGUGCCAUCGUGGCGGUGACAGGGGACGGUGUGAACGACUCCCCGGCGCUGAAGAAGGCCGACAUCGGCAUCGCCAUGGGCAUCGCCGGCUCCGACGUCUCCAAGCAGGCGGCCGACAUGAUCCUGCUCGAUGACAACUUCGCCUCCAUCGUCACCGGCGUGGAGGAAGGUCGGCGCCACCCCCGGGUGCCACCACCCCCUCCCCGUGUCAGGGGGGACACGGUGGUGACCCUGCCACCCC